UUCUGCUCUUUCAAUGAAGUGUUGAAGCUUGUGUCGCGUUUUGGUGCUAUCGGUUACGUGCGCGAAAGUGUCGAAGUGAUCGUGCAAGGCUGUAGUCUGAGUAGAUUAUGGAUUCGACUGCGUGGGAUGUUACAGAUUUGAGGAAGCAGGCAAAUCAUUUAGAAAAUGAGCUCGACUUGAAGUUGGUUGCAUUCAGUAAGCUUGGAGCUGGCUUGGGAACUACGAUCAUCGAUGAAACGUCAGAUACCUCUCCCCUCAUAUCGAAGGAUAACAAGUUCGAUACUCUCACAUCUGAGAUAGAACAAAUUCUGGCUAAGCUGACAGCCAUCAAUGAUCAAAUGAGUUCGUUACCGUUGACAACGACCGCUUCAAUUCACACGGUCCAGCGUCAUCGUGACAUUCUCCAAGACUAUGUUCAGGAAUUCCAUCGGACGAAGAACAACAUUCAAGCGUGUAGGAAUCGCGAGGAGCUUCUCGGGGGAGCAAAUCAGACUUCUGGCCUGAGUAGGCGCAUGGACUUCCUUCUGAAAGAAAGCAAUCACUUGCAAAAUUCUGACCGUUUGAUCGAUGAACAAAUCAACACUGCGUUGGAAGUGAAAGAACAUCUUCACUCCCAAAGAGCAGCCAUGAAAUUGAUCCAAACUAAAAUGAACGACAUGGCUAAUCGGUUUCCGAUGCUGAACUCGCUCGUCCAACGGAUCAACUUCCGCAAACGACGGGAUUCCAUCAUCAUUGGUUCUGUUAUUGGGAUAUGCUUCUUCCUCUUACUNUUAACUGGGAGGAUGAGAUUGAUCUUCGAAUACCAAUCGACGGGGUUUUCUUUGGCAGGAAAUAGUGAUUCAGACAUGAAAAUUUUUUCCUUUUUGACAUCCAACAAAUCUGGGACUUCUGCAGACAAAACUGGACCAGAUCGCGGGUUGACAAACGAACAGGCUCUGAGCAUUGCCUGUUACAUUUUCGUUGUUGGUGUGAUCGGCAUUCCGUUGUGGUGGAAGACCACAGAAGUUUAUCGCGUUCACGUGCCACAUGGAGACAUCAAAGCAUUGCAGGAUUUUCGAUUUGUCAACAAAAUUCCCAUCAAAAUUUUUUUGACUGGAGAGACGCCGGAAUUUGAGCGGUUGCCUGCGGAAAUCAGCUCCCUCACCAAU